CCCACUUGAUUUACAUUUCGAUAAGAUAAGAAAUUCCCGAGCAACAACUUUUUUUUCUUGUACCUUGACUUGCUGCCGCUAUAUGUUAAACGUUAAUAGUAACUUCACUACUAUUAGCAUUAAGCAUAAUAAAUCAAUUCGACUUGCAAGAUGGCAAAAUCAAAAGCCAAUUUGGCAGCUUCGACGAAAGCCAUUGACCCCACGCUCGAUGCUCUAUUCGCAAGCAGUGCCGGUCCCGUACAAGUUCCUCCGAAGACAAGAUAUUCAGAGCUACCCCCUCCAAAAGAGAAGAAAUCCUCGCAGAAACCCGAGGAUGUCGAAUCAAACUCGGACGAUGACAUUGGAACAGGCGAAGAGCUUGAUGACGAGUCCUUGAGCGAAUUGGACGAGGAUAUCGAAGACAUCGAGGCUGAAGAUAUUGCUUCGGACGAAGAAGCGGCAUCUGAAAAUUCAGAGCCUGCAGAAGCACCAAUAGCUUCCCAGAAGAAGGAUCGCAAGAGGAAGCGCAAAGACGAGCAUGAUGAUUUGGAAGAUAAAUACAUGCGCAAGCUUGCCGAAGACACCGAGAAGGAGGUCCGAUCUGAUAAACGCCGCAAGGGCGAAAAUGGUCAGAAUAUAAACGGCACAACGUCUGAAAAAGAAGGGGACUCUGAUGAAAACGAAGCGCCAAUAGUUCAUGAGUCACUUAUGGAGAAGACGGAAGACCAUGAAGACGUCGAACUUGAUAAAGCAAACCGCACUCUAUUCCUUGGCAAUGUCUCGAUCGAAGCAAUUACCUCAUCUAAAGCCAAGAAGCUCCUGAUGUCCCACCUCUCGUCCCCGUUGUCAACUUUGGAUUCGACCGGAGAACAGCAUAAGAUUGAGUCGAUACGUUUCCGAUCCACUGCUUAUUCUACUGGUGCUGUACCAAAACGCGCCGCGUUCAUCACCAAAUCUGUUAUGUCCGCAACGACAAAAUCUACCAACGCCUAUGUUGUCUACUCAACACCGCAAGCCGCACGAACUGCGCUCAAAGCUUUGAACGGCUCCGUUAUCCUAGACCGUCAUAUGCGGGUUGAUAGUGUGGCACAUCCCACAGCGGUGGACAACCGAAGAUGUGUCUUCGUAGGUAACCUCGGGUUUGUAGACGACGAAACCGUCCUUAACACCACUGCUGAGGGGGAAACUACUACCAAGAAGCGCACAAAAGUUCCAUCAGACAUCGAAGAAGGGUUGUGGCGGACUUUUAGUGAGCACGCCGGUAGAGUGGAAAGCGUCCGUGUCCCUAGAGACCCGAAAACGCGGGUAGGUAAGGGCUUUGCAUAUGUGCAAUUCUACGACGCCAAUCAUGUCGAAUCGGCACUGUUACUGAACGGCAAGACAUUUCCUCCGAUGCUGCCGCGAGCCUUGCGUGUAUCCCGCGCUAAGGAUCCACGGAAGACGGCUCUCGCUGUGGAACGAACAAUGAAAGCAAAACUUGAAGCCUCGAAUGGCCGUGACAAGAAGCCAAACAGCACGAAGCAUAUACCAAAAGUGACUCCUGAGCAACAAUCUCAGGUGGGCAGAGCCGGGAAACUCUUAGGUAGAGCAGCUGCGGCAAGGCAACGGCACGAGCUCAAGGGCCCAGGAAGGCAGCCUAGACAGAGGAAGGAGUUAGCAACCAACGGAGCCUUCAAGACACCAGAACAGAUUGUCUUCGAGGGCCGCAGGGCUAGCGAAAAGGAUGGUAAGCCCAGAGAUUUGAAGUUUGGCAAGACCAAAGGCAAGAAGGGAGUCGUCAAAUCAAAGAUGAAGGGCCGAGGUGCUAGGAGAGCAGCUGAAUGGAGAAAGAAAGGCGAAUAGUUGUGCUAUUCAUGAGUAUAGAUAUAAUCUUGACGAGUGCGUCGUCAUACGAUAUUUGAUACCCAGAAUUGGUAACGGUACCUAGAUACGUAGCUACGAUAUCUACAGAAGUUAUAGAGUGCCUACCUAGCAGCCUCCAUAGGUACGAGGUGGAUAAGCUGAAUUAAUCUUGUGCCUCUGACAUUGGAUGGCACACUGCAUCUUCAUGUCCAUCUCGAUGUCUGGUCCAAUAGAAAUUAUUUGGCACAAUGCAAGUAACAGUCGUAAAAUUAGUUUGCAUUAAUGUAUGUUUGGC